AUGGAGCCCACUACUACAGCUGCAGCCUCGCCUGCUUCCUUGACGCCGGAAAUUCUAGCUCAAAAGGCUCGAGAAAAGAGGGCCAGGGUCGCGCGCGCGGGUGGAAAACAACGAGCAUUAUUGGCCGCCUCUGUCGACGACGACGUCUGGCCACGACCGUACGUCAUCGAGGGCGGUUUGCGGCGUGUAGAGCCAUACCACUAUACCUACAACACCUGGUGCAAGGAGCGAUGGCGCGGCAGGACGCUCUUUGAGAUUUUCGAGAGUGAAUUCAGAGACCGACCUGUGGAGUACUACAGGGAAGCCAUGGCUGCAGGCAAGAUCUUGAUCAAUGGAAAGCCAGCAAGUGCCGAUUACAUUGUCAAGAAUGGUGAUCUGGUUUCUCACAAGAUCCAUCGUCAUGAACCUCCUGUGACAGCUGAAGACGUGGUCAUCAUUCAUGAAGAUGAAAAAAUGAUUGUCAUCAAUAAGCCCUCCGGAAUACCAGUUCAUCCUGCAGGCAGGUACAAUUUCAAUUCUGUUGUUGAAAUGAUGAAAGAACAACGUGGCCGUGACUGGACUGCGUAUCCUUGCAACCGUCUUGACAGACUUACUAGCGGCAUCAUGUUCAUCGCAAAGCAUUCCCGUUCGGCUGAGGAGCUGCGAGCCCAGAUUGCCGGACGAAGCGUGCGCAAAGAAUACAUUGCAAGGGUUAUCGGGGAGUUCCCAGACGGAGAAGUCGUCUGCGAACAACCAAUUCUAUCCAUAUCACCCAAGCUAGGACUCAACCGCGUUCGAGCAGACGGAAAGGAGGCUCGUACUGUAUUCAAGAAGCUUGCUUACUACCCCCCAGAGCAAAAGUUGGAACUAGAUUCUGCACAUGAGCACGCAAACACGACCGAUGAGUCGGCCAAGACUACCAACGGGUCAAGCAUUGAGGAUGCAGGAUACUCGGUGGUACGCUGUCUGCCGGUCACUGGGAGAACACAUCAGAUCCGAGUUCAUCUGCAGCACCUCGGACAUCCUAUUCAAAACGACCCCAUCUACGCCAAUCGCAAAGUUUGGGGCACAAAUCUCGGGCGCGGUGAUGUUGAGGCCACAGAGAACACAGACGAGGAUAUUAUUACGCGUCUCAAUCGGAUGGGCAAGGAGGAAGUGGCGGAUGCAGUAGCCUACUACGAUGAGAUGGUCGACAAGUACCACCAGAAGAAGGCCGAGAAGAUGUCGGGAGAGUUUUGCGAGGUCUGCGACACGCCACUGUACACGGACCCAGGAGAGCACGAACUCUCGCUAUUUCUUCACAGUCUCCGCUAUGAGGAUGCUGGCGGCGCUUGGAGUUACAAGAGUGCUCUCCCUCACUGGGCUUUCCCACCCUCCGGCAGAAGCGGCCCUACUGCAGUCGGGAGUCUUGACGACCUGGUGGAUGCGGUCAAGGAGAGCAACCCAGAAAUCGCCUAA